UGUGCCUGGACUCAGAGAAACUGCCUCUAGACCUGAAGACACAAACUGUGGGAUCGCAGGCAUCAAAGCGAAACAUCAACCACCAAUCAAAGCGAGAAGCUCCAAUCAGUCCCUCAACCAAGAGGAAGUCAGUGGGAACGGAAGAUUGAAUAGGCUCAGGUGAGAGGUCAUUAGUGGAACGCAAGAGAAGUGAGCUGCUCCGGUUACACUUGUGAGGUAAAAGGGAAGGAAUAGAUUAGUGCUGGAGCUAAAGAAGACAGGGCAGUAGACUCACCACCACCUUCCCUGCAGAAAGAACAUCAGAUAAAGACAGAAAGAAGUUUUUUUGGGUAUCUGUGGUCCAGCUGAACAUGUGGUUUUUGGCUGUGUUUUGGGCUUCCUGCCUGCUGAUGGGCACCCAUGCUCAGAGUAGCACCAGUUUUCGCCGGGCGAAUACCGGUAGUGGUCGUUGCCAGUACACCUUCACGGUGGACAGCCCCACAGAGGCAAGUUGUCCAUCAGCAGGUUCAAGUCCCGAGAUGGAGGCCCUGAAAUCUCGCCUGGGGCUGUUAGAGGCACUGGUUGCCCGCCUCGUAGGAGGGGAAGCCGUGCCAGAGUUGUCACAGGGCUCCAGACCUCAGUCAGGCCUCCAGGAUGCAUAUAACCAGAUGAUGGGGGAGAACACCCAGCUUCAGAGAGAGAAGCAAAAACUGGACAGACAGGUCCAGGACCUGCAGCAGAGGAUGGAAGAGCUGCGCCAGGAGGCUGAGAGGUUGAGGAGCAGACCCUGCAUGCAACAACCUCCUCCAAGAGUGCCCCAAAAUGACAACAGCUUCAGACCAGGAUCAGGACCUGCACUCUCCCACCUGGUAUCAAGGCCUGGGAACACACAAGGAGACAAAGGCAGUUUAAGAGAUCCUUCAUGGCAUUAUGAGAAUCCUGGAUACCAGGAGCUGACGGCUGUAGUCACCGAGGUUUCUGCCCCAAGUCCGGAAGGUCCAGCGGACAUCUCAGGUUGUGGCGAUCUCGUGUGGGUACAAGAGCCUGAGGUGCACCGCAAGGCUGACAACAUUGCUGGUAAAUACGGCGUCUGGAUGCAAGACCCAGAAGCUAAAGAACCUUACGGUACAGAGAUGGUGUGGCGCAUUGAUGCCGUAGGUUCUGAAGUGCGUCAACUCUUCGGCUAUGAAAACAUGGACCAGCUGUCACGUGGCUUCCCCACUAAAGUCCUCCUCUUGCCAGAAUUUAUGGAGAGCACAGGCGCCACCAUGUACAGAGGCUCCUUGUACUACCAACGGAGGCUCAGCCGCACCCUUGUAAGAUACGAUCUACUCUCUGAGAAUAUUGCUGCCCGCCGUGAUCUUCCCCAUGCUGGCUUCCAUGGCCAAUUCCCCUACUCUUGGGGAGGCUACACAGACAUCGACUUGGCAAUAGAUGAGAACGGUCUAUGGGCCAUUUACAGCACCAACAAAGCCAAGGGUGCUAUCGUCAUCUCCCAGCUAGACCCUCACAACCUAGAGGUGAAGGGCACCUGGGAGACAAAAAUCCGCAAGACAUCCGUGGCUAAUUCUUUUAUGAUCUGUGGCAAGCUGUACACUGUUGCUAGUUAUACCUCACCAAACACCACCAUAAAUUACAUGUAUGACACCGCAACUAGCCAAGGUAAAACAAUCGCAGUGCCAUUCAAAAACCGCUAUCGCUAUAACAGCAUGGUAGACUAUAACCCAGCGCAGAGAAAGCUAUAUGCUUGGGAUAACUUUUACAUGGUAUCUUAUAAUGUGAGAUUAGGCAAGCAGGAGUAAAGUGAAGACAAUGUAAAUUUCUAUAUCACCCAGCUUAUAGAUGUGUAUUGUAAUGUUGUGAUAUUUUACCAUCCGGAGGGAUAGGUAUUGUUGGAUUUACUGGAAUUUAAGACGAGGAUAGACAACUGGACAAGAAAUCAACUAUAAUUAUGCUGAUGACAUUAUUCCUAGCACCAGCAGUAGGUAUAUAUAAUGAAUAAAGCAAAUAUAACAUUUUCCUGACCAUAUUCAAGCACAAAGACUUCUUUGUAGACUUAUUUUCAAGACAGAUAGUAAAUAUACAACUGACUACACUGCACAUCUUCACAUUAAAAAAAUAUUUUUGCAUCUUUAAAUGCUAUAAAAGAUAUUCCUUUGACUAAUAAAUUCCAAAAUGGAUAAACUAUAGAGUAUAUCAGGUUUUUGAGGCCACAUUUACGUCCUCUGAUUUUGUCCACAUAACAUGUUAAUAGAGAAAUUAUUUUUCUACCUUUUUAAGUAUGUCUCGUCUUUUUUUGUGUUUACGGCACUGAGAAAAAAAAAAAUUCAAGGGGGAAAAUAUAAUAGCAUACAAUUUAUUACAGUAGGACUGCCUCUUGAUUGAUUUUCCAGAGGUAUGCAACUUUAAACCAAAAAAACUUUGCUUGUUAUGUUCAUGCUCUAAUCCAUACAUAAUCAUGCUAUCGCAACUCUGUAUAUGUUGAACAUUUUCCCUUCUCUUUUGAAUUUGCCUCAAGACUUGUGUGCUGCUUGAGAUGUUAAGUUUGGAAUCUUAAGUGUAUUAACUUAUAUGAAAAUAAAAAUUUAAAGUGUCGGUUUUUCUUGUUUUCCUGCAAUGCAGUGGUAUUUUGAUCAACUCAAAACCAAAAACACCAACCACUGCUCAUUUUUACAGCAUAUUAUUUUAUUAGUUUCUGUAACCAAACCAGGAGAAUGUAAAUAAGACCUUACAUAUUUUAAUACAGCGAUUUAACCCCUGUACAAGUAAAACAAAAACAGAAAUCAAAA